AUGAUUAACGAUUAUAACGAUUCUCAUGAAGCUUUUGUUUUUUUUCAGCAAAAUGUCGAAGUCGAUCCAAGGGCUAUUGAAGCAUAUAAGGCAAUGAUAUUGCAAAAAGAUUAUGCAUAUCUUAUCUUUCAAAUUUCUGAUAAUAAAGUGAUUAUUCAAGAAAAAGGUGAUCAAAAGGCGUCGUAUUCUGCAUUUCUAACAAAAUUUCGGCAAUAUGUCGAAGGUAAAAAGGAAUGUCGUUAUGGCUUGGCAACUAUAAAGGGGCAUAAAGAUGGCGAAUUAAGAGCAGAACUCGUUCUUAUAUCUUACUGCGUGGAUGAUGCACCAAUACGUAUGCGUAUGUUAUAUUCUGCUGCGUUCGGUCAUUUGAAGGUUGCCUUUAAAGAAAUCCGUAAUAUUAUAAUCACUUCCAAUGGGUCCGAGCUAACAGAAAAAAACGUCAAACGAACAUUUCAUUUUGACGAUUAA